AUGUCAAACUACAUCACAAUCAACAACGCAAACCUCGCCUACGACAUCUCCGGCCCCGAGCAUGGCCCAUUAAUAAUAACCCUCCACGGCGGCCGCGGCUUCGGCGACCACGCGUCCGACUUCAGCGCAUACUCAGCCCUAGCCGCGCACACCUACCGCGUCCUCUCAUUCACGUACCGCGGCCACGGACUCAGCUCAGCGACGAAGCCGUAUACAUUCCAGCAAAUCGUCGCCGACAUCGAGGGUCUGCGAGUGCAUUUUACGCGCGGAAAUGCGAAAGUCGUCAUCAUCGGCGGUAGUUUCGGCGGGUUCCUGGCGCUGCAGUACGCGGUGGCUUAUCCGGAUAAUGUAUCGCAUUUGGUGCUGAGGGGGACGGCGGCGAGUUGGCAUCACGAAGCGGAGGCCAUCAAAACACUGGAAACUCGCCUCCACCGGUCCCCGGGGAUGAGCGUCUCCAUGCUCAAGGACAAGAUCUUUGGAUCGUUCGAGAGCGAUGAGGAGUUCCGCCUCGUUAUGCACGCUGCGGCGCCUUUGUACGCCGAACCGGAGAAUUUCGAUGCGGAUCGCGCGUUGGCGAAGAACCUGGAAACGGUGUUUAAUGCCGAAGCACAUAAUGAUCUCUACUCUGCCUCGGAGAAGUUCUUUGACUACAGAGAUGGACUGAAGAAUAUCACGGCCAAGACGCUGGUGAUUGUCGGGGAGCAUGACUGGAUUUGUCCGGCGGAGCAGUCGAGGAUCAUUGCAGGAGGGAUACAGGGGGCAAGGCUGGUGGUUGUCCCCGGUGCGAACCAUAGUGUGCAUCUGGAGAAGAACGACGUUGUGCUGGCGGCUGUGAGGGAGCUAUUGGGGAAUUUAUAG